AGGGGGAAGAUGGCGGCCGCGGGGCGCGGGCUGCUGGCGGCGGGGCUGUUCCGCGGGCGGGUCGCCAUCGUCACCGGCGGCGGCACCGGCAUCGGCAAGGCCAUCGCCGCCGACCUGCUGGCGCUAGGUUGCAGUGUUGUUAUUGCCUCUCGUAAAUUUGACCGAUUAAAAGCUGCUGCAGAAGAACUAAAUUGUAUGUUUUCUUCCAUGAGUCCUGCCAAAGUGACACCCAUACAGUGCAAUAUCCGCAAGGAAGAAGAGGUAGAAGCUUUGGUGAAGUCUACACUGAGUCUGCAUGGGAAGAUUGAUUUCCUGGUGAAUAAUGGAGGGGGCCAAUUUGCAAGUCCAUCUGAAGCCAUCCGUGCAAAAGGCUGGAAUGCUGUAAUAGACACGAAUCUGACAGGGACCUUCUAUUGCUGCAAAGCAGUGUACAAUGCCUGGAUGCAGGAACAUGGAGGAGUCAUUGUCAACAUUACUGCUGCCGUGAGAAAUGGGUUUCCUGGAAUGUCGCACACAGGAGCUGCAAGAGCUGCAGUGGAUAACCUGACCAAGACUUUAGCACUGGAAUGGGCCCACAGUGGAGUAAGAAUCAACAGUGUUGCUCCUGGACUAGUAUUUUCGGAAACUGCUGUUGCAAACUAUGGAGAGCAAGGUAUAAUGAUGUGGUUAAAGAGCAUACCAAAAGUUCCUGCCAAGAGGUCAGCAGUUCCUGAGGAGAUCUCUCCUGCAGUGUGUUUCCUACUAUCUCCAGCUGCUUCUUUCAUAACUGGGAUAACCAUGGUUGUGGAUGGUGGCCAAAGUUUAUACAGCCAUACCCUAGAAAUACCUGAUCAUGACAGAUGGCCUGCACCACCAGAAGGAAAAAAUUCUGAAAUGCUGAAAAAGCUUCUUUCUGGCGAGUUCAAGCCAAAGCUGUAAAAGAAGGAGAUUUCACCUUAUUCCCAGUUACACACUUGCUGAUAAUCUGACUUUGUGAUUUGAGCUUAUAAUUCUCAUUAAUAAUUUGAUUUCUCAUGUGUAACUACACUGAGUGCCUUGAUUUUCAUUGGUCUAUAUUUAAAACUUGAAAGACUGUACACAGGAAAUAUCUUCUUUGAAAACACUUGCCAUUCAGUCUUUUGGAAAGGGGAGGUAUAAAAGACAAAUUGUCCAUUUGCAUAGAGAUUAAGUAAUCAAGAAUCCCAGCCAGAAGUGAAUA